AUGGACGCCGUUUUUGCCAAGAUCGCAAAGGACACUACGAAAUUCGCUCUCGGCGAUGAAGAGAUAUGGCGGGAACUAUACGAGCCCUUCCUUCCAGAUCCACCCUCAAACGUCAGCGUCAUUAGAGAUGAGCGGUACGGCCCAGCUGAGAGGAAUCGCUUAGACAUAUUCGUCCCGCAUGGUGAUGAGGCCAAUAGACCCGUCAUGUUGUAUGUCCAUGGGGGCGGUUUCUUCUCUGGUGAUAAACUUUGGACGGAAAAGGUGUACUCCAAUAUUGGCUGGUUCUUUGCUCAACAUGGCAUUAUCACGGCUGUGACGAACCACCAACUGGUCCCUCAUGUACAGUACCCUGGAGGUGCAGACGAUAUGCAAUUGGUUCGUGAAUGGAUCUUCAACAACGUCUCAUCCGAAAAGUACGGCCGAGGAUCUGUUGACAAGGUGAUUCUGUUCGGCCACUCCUCCGGUGGUGCACAUGUUGCCAUGAACCUGUACGCAGCCGGUAAGAGGUCCGUGUCCUAA